GUUAUAUACCAUGGACUGGUACUGUGGGAGUGGAAUCAAUGAUCUUCUUGUUCCCAAACACGAAGCCGUAUGGGAUAGGCUUCCUUCACCGGACACCUGGCCAAGUUGGGGAAUAAAUGCACCCGAAGUUUUUAAUUCGCCUAAAAAGUUUUCAGCCAUGGAUACGGGUUCAAGAGAGGUAGAGUUCAAUUUCAAUGAUGAAAGUUUCAAUAAUGAAAUUGAGCUUGAGUCUUCACUUCUUGAAAAAGAUCAGUCUAGCAGUUCAAGUGUAUGUGGAGGAUUGCCUGAGCAAUCGUUUCAACAGACAGCCCUUUCAUGUGAUCAGCUUCAAGACGUUUCAAGAUUCGAACACAUGGAUGACAUUUUCUUGGAUUCCAUGCUUGAAGCCCUACCCAAUGCUGAAAAUCUAAAGAAAUCCUCCUGCCUCUCUUCUAAUCUCCAAUUUAGUAAUGCAACUGGUGUAUUGCAGCAAGGCCUUGAAGUUUCAGAUUUUAUUCCAAGCACCUCAAUAUAUGACAAUUACGAGGAUGUAAAGGUGCCACCAGUCAAAGUCUUGGGCCCUUUUGAGCAGAGCAGUACAGAUGAUGGUAUAAACCAGCAGUCAUCCGUUGAGGAAUCUAUAUUACAGGAUCUUGAGGUGGCAAUUGCACAGUUCACUGACAAGACCCGGAUCUGCUUCCGUGAUGCUCUAUACCGACUUGCUGGAAACACAAAACAACAGCAUGCGGUGCAAGACCAGAAUGUAGAACUUAACAUAGAAAGGACGACGCCACAGAGUGAUCACAGGGAGAUAAGAAGGUAUGAGGAACAGAAGCCAAGGGAAUCAGAGACCAACUCUAUUGACAGAGCAAUUGCAAAUCUCAUGUUCAACAAAAUGGACAUCAAUGUCCAAGAGCUUCCUCUUACAACAUCAGUACACUCCCAGCAAGAAAUCAGUGGAACCAAACCUCUACAAGGAAAACCCUCAAAAGCCUUGAAUGAGGCACACAACUUUCAUCAUAAUCAUCAUCAUCAUCCCUGCGCAUUAAACUUACAAAGCAAUGCUGCGGAGGUUCCAACUUUUAGUCAAACCAACAUGCAAACAGCUGCAGAUUCACAUGUUAUGUACGAAGACCCUACGGAGAAAUCUUUCAUGCUAGAGUUCGGUUAAGUGAUGUGUGAUACUAGG